ACUCCUACACUUGCAGCAAGAAUACAAAGGAAAGUCUAGUCGUGAACAAUCCCUUGAAACGCUUCCCUCGUGUCGAAUCCCUUCUCUCUACGCUAAAAUGGAUCCAUCGAAGCUGAACCAGUUGAAGCAAUUCGUAGAACUCUGCAAGUCUGAUCCCGCCGUUCUCAGCGAUCCUACCCUCUCUUUCUUCCGCGACUACCUCGAAAGUCUCGGCGCCAAGAUCCCUCCCUGUGCUUGCGAGCAUGGACACACCAAAUCGAAGAGUUCCGCGGUGGAUGAGGAGUACGAGGAUAUGAAGGACGAUCACGCACGGGAACCAGAUGUCCCUGAUGAGGAGGACGAAAUAAUUGAAUCAGAUAUUGAACUUGAAGGCGACACUGUGGAGCCUGACAAUGAUCCUCCGCAGAAGAUGGGAGACUCCUCAGUUGAGGUCACCGAUGAAAACCGUGAGGCUGCCCAAGAGGCAAAGGCCAAAGCCAUGGAAGCAAUGUCUGAAGAUAAGUUAGACGAGGCAAUUGAGCAUCUGACAGAUGCCAUUUUGUUGAACCCGGCAUCUGCAAUAAUGUAUGCGACAAGAGCUACUGUUUAUGUCAAAAUGAAGAAACCAAACGCUGCCAUCCGAGAUGCCAAUGCAGCUCUAGAGAUUAACCCGGAUUCAGCGAAGGGAUAUAAAUCCCGUGGCAUAGCAAGGGCAAUGCUUGGUCAGUGGGAAGAUGCUGCGAAGGAUCUUCACUUGGCAUCAAGGCUAGAUUAUGACGACGAGAUAAAUGCUGUACUCAAGAAGGUUGACCCGAAUGUACACAAGAUUGAAGAACAUCGUAGAAAGUAUGACAGGCUACGUAAAGAGAGAGGGGAACGUGAGAGGCAACGCCGCCGUGCUACAGCACAGGCCGAGUAUGAGAAGGCCAAGAAGCAAGAGGAGUCAUCUUCUAGCGGACGACCUGGAGGCAUGCCUGGUGGAUUUCCAGGUGGGAUGCCUGGUGGGUUCCCAGGUGGGAUGCCUGGAGGCUUCCCAGGAGGGAUGCCUGGAGGCUUCCCAGGUGGAAUGCCUGGAGGAUUUCCAGGUGGGAUGCCAGGAGGGACAACUGGAGGAUUUCCAGGUGGCAUGCCAGGAGGGACACCUGGGAAUGUUGAUUUCAGCAAAAUAUUGAAUGACCCUGAAUUGAUGACUGCCUUUAGUGAUCCGGAAGUCAUGGCUGCUCUCCAAGAUGUAAUGAAGAACCCUGCUAAUCUUGCCAAGCAUCAAUCAAACCCAAAGGUGGCGCCUGUAAUUGCAAAGAUGAUGAACAAAUUUGGAGGACCAAAAUGAUUACUAGUCGAAAUUCACUUGAUGCUCGUGGUACCUACUUUACAAUUCCUGCACACUGUAUUGUAACUUCACUGGGAGUGGGAUGUGUCAUUGUGUUGAGGAUUGCAGAGUUUUAAAAUUAAUGGAUUCUCUUCAAGAUUGGAGGCCAGAAUUUCGUAAAAUCUCGAGUAGAGAAAUCGAUUUUGGGCGUCAAUCACUUUUUUUGUCA